GUAAAGUUUAUUCAUUUUUCUGUUUUUAAUAAAUGCGUUUUUUGUUUUUUUUGUGGAAAACCUGAUGCGGCCCAGUCUCACCCAGACCCUAACUCCAGUGGGCCCCCAAGUAAAUUGAGUUUGAGACCCAUGUCGUAAACUGUAGUUAGUUGGUCCACCGUCACAAUUUGUGUAUGUAGGCUAUUCUAUUGACAGUGAGCGUUUAACAUAUGUCUCCUUACACACAAAAAAAACAAAAAAACAAACAAACACUGGAACUGGAUUGUUUAUCUUAAUAGGAACCUCACCAUAACCUCACCAUAAGCCAUUCUUAGCCAGACGUUUUUUUUUUCAAUGUUGCUGCUUGGGUAGAUGGUAAGUUAACCAUGAAAACUGCAAUUAAAUCUUAAAAGUACAGCAUGUGAAAUGACUGCAGGAGAACGCAGGCAUUAAGGGGGUCAAUGCUUAAAAGGCUGAAUCAAACGGCAUGCAAAGAAGAGCGUGUAUGAUAAAAAGGGGAAAAAAGAGAAUUGCAUGAUUUACAGAUGACUGAUAUAAAGUAAGAAAAUAGGAAACCAAAGUAAAUGAAACAGACAAAUGUAUGUUUGCAGUGUCUAAUAUGUCAGCCCGUUUUUAUACAAGUUAGUUGGUGACCUUAUUUACAUUUUACCAUCUAUUUUUGUUCUCUCUUCCUCCAACGCCAUCCCCUCCCAACACCACACAAACACACACUCGUCUCCGCCCGGGACUACCUUUUUUAUACUGCAGCCUUCACUUAAGACAUAGAAGAGUGUCUUCUGUUUGGGCUUCUUGUCGACACACACACACACACACACACACAUUGUUUAGUUUCAUAUAGCUCACUUGCUGUCACCUACAUGUUUAUCUGGAGGCGCACACUCACGCUUUUGCAUAUGUAAACCCCCUUUCCUCGAGCUUAAAUAAACACACACACACACACACACACACACUCCAUGGUGCACUGCAUGCACAGCGCACUCGUGAUCGGCUGCGGCAGCCUGUGAGGGAAAGCGAUGUUGGGAUCCGUUUGCUCCACCGCUGUUACAGAAGAGCGCCUGACUCGGAAAACGGAUCUCUCGCGUCAUUUGCUCUCAGUUGUUUUUCCUGCAACAUGAUUUAGCCUUCAUGGUCUCGCUUUCGUUCUGCUUGGGUUCACAUCACUGACUUGGAUGCUCCCGCUUUUGAAUGCGCUUCACUUCAUCCUCCAGGUCUGUGUCGCUUGGUGUCAUUCUGUGACAUCAAGACACCUGCUUGACCUGUUUAAGUCCUGCAGACCCGGGAAGCUUUGCAUGAUGUAAAGCCGAGCGCUUUUUUGCCAUCUCUCUUUUCUUGCAAAACCACUUUUAAUCCUUGUUUUUUUUUUUAUUCAGUUUCUUUGCUCACCUCAGUCACUCCCACCUACCUCUGCUUCACUGCGCUCCACUUUUAUCUGCCCUUCUUUGCCCUACAUUCGCUUUCUUCUCUGAUGCCAGCUUCUCCGCCUCAUUCACUCAACUGUCCUGCUGUCUCCUCUGGAUCCUGGAUACGAUCAGGGAAGGACCAGAAAAAGGUGGAUGCUAUGAUCCUGCAACCCUGACAUUUGGGCUGCUGGGAACCUGUUCUCUAUGGAUUUUACAUCAUUGAUUAUAUUUGGAUAAGCUGCUGCUGCUUGAAAACACAAAAUUUUGAUAUUUUUUGAGGAUUUGUUUCACCGCUGGAUGGUCUGAAGUGGAACAAAGUUCUUUGCAUGAAGGGAGUUGCCUUGAAGAUAUCAUUUGGUGAUGGCGUUUUCCUGGUUAAAGGUCAUGCAAUGCUGCACCAGCUGCUAGCUAGCCGUGUCGUGUCGUGUCUCAAGGAGUGAGCAUCAGUAUGGUACUGGCUUAAUUUUUCUGGAUAUUUUACUACCCUUUGGAUGACAUACAUUUUUGGAUACAUCUCAAGUUCUUUUUCCUCUGUUCAUUCAUGUCAAUUAUUGAUAUGAAUACUUGUUCGGUAGCUGCCAAACGCGUUGGACACAACAGCGCCUGAGGCUGUAUGCAGAUUUUGGUACCCUGCUAUUUAGUUUGGGUGCUGUGGCCAGGAUUGGAACACCACCCUUUGCAGAACACAUGGAGGACAGUGGAUGCAUCCCACUCUGCUGGAGCAAAGGAGCCUGCAUCUAUGCACAGCAUCCUUUACCAAAAUAUGACGGCCAGUUAGCCCCACUAAGAACAUCCGAGUCAGGCAUGGCAACGUCUUCCUACUUGGAGCCCAACCUCAAUCACUCUGGAGCAGGUGGGUGCGGAGUUAAAUCCCGGUCCGGGGUGGCCGGGGGUACUGGUGUUGGUAGCAGCGGCUCUGCUGGUGGCCUCGAGAGGACGCCAGGUUCUAUGGAUCGGGUUCUGAAGAUCUUCCACUACUUUGAGACAAAUAGCGAACCAAGCACCUGGGCGAGUAAUAUAAGACAUGGAGAUGCUACUGAUGUCAGGGGAGUCAUCCAGAAGAUAGCGGAAAUCCACAAAUUGCGUUGUGUCACUUCGCUUGGCCUCCGUUUAACUCAUUUGCACACGGACGCACGUCAUUGGUUACAUCCUGACCUGGGGGUCUCUCAUGUCAGGGAGAAAUAUGAGAAACAGCACCCACAGGAGGAGUGGAGGUAUGAACUGCGGCUGCGCUACUUUCCUAAAGGUUACCUCAGUCAUUUCUCGGAAGACAAACCCUCGCUCAACUACCUCUAUCAUCAGGUAAAGAGCGACUACAUGCAACAUAUCGCAGAUCAGGUGGAUCAAGAUAUUGCUUUAAAACUGGGCUGUUUAGAAAUAAGGCGUUUCUUCAGAGAGAUGCCAGGAAAUGCCCUUGACAAGAAAUCUAACUACGAACUGCUAGAGAAAGAUGUUGGUUUGAGAAGGUUCUUCCCUAAAAGCCUGCUGGACUCUUUAAAGGCAAAGACUCUUCGUAAGCAUAUCCAGCAGACGUUCAAGCAGUUUGCAAACCUCAACGAUGAGCAGAGCAUCCAUAAGUUCUUUGAGAUAAUCUCUCCUAUCUACCAUUUCGACAAGGAGUGCUUCAAAUGUGCUUUAGGGUCUAGUUGGGUAAUAUCAGUAGAGUUGGCAAUCGGACCAGAGGAAGGAAUCAGCUACCUCACAGAUAAGGGCUCAGCGCCUACCCACUUAGCUAACUUCAACCAGGUUCAGUCCAUCCAGUAUUCCGCUUUGGAGGAGAAGGACAGGAAAGGCAUGCUGCAGCUCAACGUAGCAGGAGCUCCGGAGCCUCUCACAGUCACCACGGCAUCGCUGACGACAGCAGAAAACAUGGCCGACUUGAUUGACGGUUACUGCCGACUCUUUUCCUUAGCUACUCACUCCUUCAUCGUCAGAAUCCACAAAGACGGGGACAGAGCGCUACCAUCCCUUCCAAAAGUGUCAAAUCACGAGAGACGGAUGGAAAAACGGAUGGAGGGAGUGCGAAGCAGAGCAGUUUGCGUGUCAGGGCACACUAGUGGCGAUGAAACGGAUGAUUAUGCUGAGAUCAUAGAUGAGGAGGACACCUAUACAAUGCCUUCAAAAUACUAUGGACUAGAUCAAGCACAGGAUUAUGAGAUUCAGAGGGAUCGCAUUGAACUGGGCCGCUGCAUAGGUGAAGGUCAGUUUGGGGACGUCCACCAAGGAGUUUACAUCAGUCCGGAGAACCCGGCACUGUCAGUGGCUGUGAAGACGUGUAAGAAUUCAACGUCGGACAGUGUGAGGGAGAAAUUUCUCCAAGAAGCACUAACCAUGCGUCAGUUUGACCAUCCUCACAUUGUGAAGCUGAUGGGCGUCAUUACAGAGAAUCCAGUCUGGAUCAUCAUGGAGCUUUGCACACUGGGAGAGUUACGCUCCUUCUUGCAAGUGAGAAAGUACAGUCUAGACCUGGCCACCCUCAUCUUGUACUCCUACCAGCUCAGCACGGCAUUGGCCUACCUGGAGAGCAAACGCUUUGUACACAGGGACAUAGCAGCACGCAACGUCCUGGUAUCCACCGUGGAUUGUGUGAAGCUGGGUGACUUUGGUCUGUCACGGUACAUGGAAGACAGUUCUUACUACAAAGCCUCUAAAGGGAAGCUGCCCAUUAAAUGGAUGGCUCCUGAGUCAAUCAAUUUUAGAAGAUUUACCACAGCCAGUGAUGUCUGGAUGUUUGGUGUCUGUAUGUGGGAGAUUUUGAUGUAUGGCAUCAAGCCUUUCCAAGGUGUCAAAAACAACGACGUCAUUGGCAGGAUAGAAAAUGGAGAACGACUGGCCAUGCCCCCUCAGUGCCCUCCAACCCUGUACAGCUUGAUGACCAAGUGCUGGUCGUAUGACCCCAGCAAGAGGCCACGCUUCAAUGAACUGAAAACCCAGCUCAGUACCAUACUAGAGGAAGAGAAGGUCCAGCAGAAGGAGAGGAACAGGAUGGAGAUGAGGAGGCAGGUCACCGUUUCUUGGGACUCGGGCGGGUCUGAUGAAGCACCACCAAAACCCAGUCGCCGUCCCUCCCUGCAGCCCACCGUCAGUCUGGACUGUCUGUCCGCUUCCUCUCCUCACCAUUGCCAUCAAAACCAGCGUAUUGCCUCACAGCUUUCCCUCUGCAUAGGAAACCCUCCUCCUUCAUCUCCUUGCACACUUUCUCCCAUGUCAUCUUCUCUCCUUUAUUCCCCUCAUUGUUCCCCUUUUCCCUCUCACUCACCUCUUUUUCAGAGCAAAACUUAUCACAGUUGCUAUUUCUCUCAGCACCACACAAACCCAAAGUCCAGCUUCCACCUCCAGUGUCAUGCUGACUUUUGUUCUGACAGCUGUGCCCUUAAAACCAAUCCCCCUACUGACGACCACCUACAAUGUUUGGCCCAGUCCAAACCAAAUAGCCCACUUUCUUUACUUAGACACAUAAAUCCCCUCCCUUCCCAACCCAGUCCGAAUUCUCCGAGUUGCAUCCUGUCCGAUACCUGUGACCUCACCUUCCAGAACGGCAAUGUUGAGACAAAUUCCAAACUUCAAGCCUCUCUGUUGUCCAGCUGCCAAGCUAAUCCCUCAAGGACAUUGCCACCCCCUCAUGCUCUUUCACGCUCCGACCAGCUAUUCCCGAUGCCCUCUGGUUAUACUCGGCCGACAAUCCCUCCCUUUCCACCCAAUCAAAGCACUGACCUCCCUUUAACCGUCUACAUGCCUUGUCCCAGCUCCUGCACUCAUUCCCCUCACAGACCGUUAAAGGCAGGUGACAUCAUUUUUCAGUAACGUGCAUUUAAUAACUACUUACUUACUUACUAAUAAGAAUGCAUUACAUCGUGUUGCAACAUUCUUUUUUCUGCUCCUCUUUUGUCAGUUAUACUCGAAAUUAGCCUCUGAACCAAUCCUUAAACUGAGUUAAAAAUGACAACAUUUUCUUAUCGUUUUUCCCCAAAGAGACAUCACAAUACAUAAACAUAUAACAUUGGAGCCAUAAUUACUUUAACCUUUCACAACUUCCAUAACCCAAUAUUGUCUGUGUUGCUAUGGUAAUUACUAUGCAACACUUGUAUAAAUAUAUACAAGUAAAUUUUUUUUUUCAUAUUAAAAUUAACAAAGCAUUAUUAGAGCCCUGUAGACAUGACAAAACACUAUAUAUAUAGACUAUAGUCACAUUUAUACUCUUUAUAGACCAGGGGGUCUCAAACUCAAUUUACUUGGGGGCCACUGGAGCUCGGGUCUGGGUGAGACUGGGCCACAUAAAAAAAAAACAAAAAAAACGCAUUUAUUAAAAACGGAAAAAUAUACAAACUUUUUCAGUGCUUUGGUUCCGAUUUUCUACAAUAAAAGCUCUGAUAAAUCAUUCCACUGUUCUCAAAUGUCUUAAUUUUUAUUUUUCUGCACAAAAUAAGAU